AUGGAAAUUCGAAUCACUGAUCUCAACCCGGCACCACGCAUAGCAGCAACCAGGGCUGACCAGGCACCAACACAUAGCAGCGACAGGGCACCAACACAUAGCAGCGACCAGGCACCAACGCAUAGCAGUGAACAGGCACCACCACAUAGCAGCGACAGGGCACCAACACAUAGCAGCAACCCUGCAACAACACAUAGCAGCGACAGGGCACCAACACAUAGCAGCAACCUUGCAACAACAUAUAGCAGCGACCAGACACCAACGCAUAGCAGCGACCAGGCACCAACACAUAGCAGCGACAAGGCACCAACACAUAGCAGCGACCAGGCACCAACACAUAGCAGCGACAAGGCACCAACACAUAGCAGCGACCAGGCACAACACAUAGCAGCGACCAGCAGCGACAAGGCACCAACACAUAGCAGCGACCUAGCACCAACACAUAGCAGCGACCAGACACCAACGCAUAGCAGCGACCAGGCACCAACACAUUGCAGCGACAGGGCACCAACACAUAGCAGCGACCCUACAACAACACAUAGCAGCGACCAGGCACCAAAACAUAGCAGCGACCAGGCACCAACACAUAGCAGCGACCAGGCAUCAACACAUAGCAGCGACCAGGUACCACCGCAAAGCAGCGACAGGGCACCAACACAUAGCAGCAACCCUGCAACAACACAUAGCAGCGACAGGGCACCAACACAUAGCAGCAACCUUGCAACAACACAUAGCAGUGACAGGGCACCAACACAUAGCAGCCACCCUGCAACAACACAUAGCAGCGACCCUGCAACAACACAUAGCAGCAACCCUGCAACAACACAUAGCAGCGACCCUGCAACAACACAUAGCAGCGACAGGGCACCAACACAUAGCAGCAACCCUGCAACAACACAUAGCAGCGACAGAGCAACAACACAUAGCAGCAACCCUGCAACAACACAUAGCAGCGACCCUGCAACAACACAUAGCAGCAACCCUGCAACAACACAUAGCAGCGACCCUGCAACAACACAUAGCAGCGACCCUGCAACAACACAUAGCAGCGACAAGGCACCAACUCAUAGCAGCGACCUAGCACCAACACAUAGCAGCGACCAGACACCAACGCUUAGCAGCGACCAGGCACCAACACAUAGCAGCGACAGGGCACCAACACAUAGCAGCGACCAGGCACCAACACAUAGCAGCGACCAGGCAUCAACACAUAGCAGCGACCAGGCACCACCGCAUAGCAGCGACCAGGCACCAAAUACAGGUAGUCGUCUGCUGCUUGGACUGCUCUUUCAAAUUGACGAAGUCAGAGAUCUCAGUACCCCAAGAAAAAAGCCGAGAAAUAAUUGUUACAAACAGUACAGCCGUGCACAAAUUAUACAAAUCAGUAAAGGAAUAGUGCUUAACACAAACAACGCACAAGCAGUAAACAUGUACUACAAACAGUCAAAUAGUAUACAAACAGCAAACUGCAAAUAA